CCGUUUAGAGUCAUUCCAAGCUAACAACUCGUAGCGUUCGGACACCUCUAAGCAAAGUAAAAUAUUGAAGUUCAAAACAUUAUUAGUGCUUUCGACAAAAAAAUUUAAAGCCCUUAUUAAAUAUUGUAUGAACAUUUACUUAAAAAUCAAAAAAAUUAACUGAAUGCGAAAUACGUGUACUGUGUUGAAUGGAUUGAAAGUUACAGAGCAGAUACAAAUACAUUCGAAUCAUGAAUAAAAUGGACUGUUCCGAAAAUAACGCAAAAGUAUCAGAUGCCGGUUACUCCAACAGCUGCACUAACAGCCAAUCUAGACGAAGUCACAGCUCCAAAUCUACUCAUUCCGAGAGCAACUCUAGUGGAAGCAGUGGAUAUGGCGGAAAACCGUCCUCAUCUGGAUACAGCAGCAACAACCAAAGUCAAAUAGCAGAGAAAAGAAACAAGGAAAAAGAAUUAAAGAAGAAAAGGCCCAUGCAAUUUAUUCAAUCCGAUUUAAAAGCUAAUAUGGCUAAAAAAGCAAUUCAAAAAAUUCCUUUACUCACCCCGGUUUUUGAAUUUUCUAAGGCAGAAAUCGUUGCUAAAAUGCCAAACCAUGGAUUAGCUUUGAAGGAGAAUAAGCCUGAGAAGAUGGACAUAUCUGACAGAAGCAGCGGAAAGGACGAGCUCUCUUGUCCCAACUCACCGGUUGGCACCAUACAGUAUGUCUCCAGCUUACCAAACCAAAAUAAUGAAGGGUUCUCUUGUGUGAUAUCGUUGCAAGACGGAGUAGUGAUGUAUACUACGCCCUCCAUUACCGCGUCACUUGGUUAUCCUAAAGAUCUAUGGAUGGAGCGGUCAUUUAUAGAUUUUGUGCAUCAAAGGGAUCGCAAAACCUUUGCAUCCCAAAUCACUAGCGGGCUUUUAGCUCCGAAAUCAACUAGCGGUGAACAACCUCAAGUUCCUCUCGGGGAAACCGUAUCAACGAUGGUCUGUCGUUUAAGACGAUAUAACGGACUAAAUAAAAGUUUUACCAUCAAGGAAAAGAUAAUAUCAUACUCGCCGUUCCAGUUAAGUUUCUCGUUCAAGAGCAUGACGGAAGAGGAUAAAGAAGUUAUGUACUUGGUGAUUAAUGCUAAACCAUUUUUCUCUGCCUUCAGGACGCCCAACGAAGUAGUGACCGACCCAUUACCAUUUGUCAUAAGACACACGCCAAAUGGAAAGAUAAAUUUUAUUGAUGUUCAAUCUGUGCCAUAUCUCGGAUACCUGCCGCAGGAUAUCAUGGAAGAAGACGCGUUACAGCUCUAUUAUCCCAAUGAUCUUUUAUAUUUGCGCGAAAUGUAUGAAACUGUUGUGAAGGAGGGUACUGUUGGGCGCUCCAAACCUUACAGGAUGAUAGCACAAAAUGGAGAUUACUUGAAACUGGAGACAGAAUGGACAUCUUUUACUAAUCCUUGGUCCAAAAAGAUAGAGUUCGUGAUUGGGAAACAUUAUGUCAUCGAGGGUCCCAAGAAUCCUGAUGUAUUCCAGACGCCGGAUAAUUCAAAAGCUAAACUAUGUAAUGAGGAAGCGGCAAAGGCUCAAGCUAUAAGAGAGAGUAUGAUCAGAAUUAUGAAUGAGGUACUUACUAAAACUGCUGAAUUAGCGAAGCAACAGAUGGCUAAGCGCUGCGAGGAAUUAGCUAUUUUUAUGGAAAGUUUAUUUGAGAAGAAGCCUAAAGCUGAAGAAGAACUCCGCGUAGAUGUACACGAGCCAGACCACAGCUUUUAUGACUCAGUGAUGCUAGGUGGCGUUUCCCCGCAUCAUGACCACAAUGACAGUAUGACAAACAAAGAUACACCGUUGACUUACAAGCAACUCAAUUACAAUGACAACUUACAAAGAUUUUUUGAAUGCCAUGAAACAUAUACCGAAGAGGAUAAGAAAGCUUUGUCUAUGCGCGAGAACGCAAUCAUAUUUGAGAUGGAAGUGCCUGACGCGGAAUUUGGUAAAAGCGCUUCGACGGUUGGAGAAAUUGAGGACAUGGCAACCAGUUCCGACUCGAGUGUUGUCGCACCGACCACUAUCAGCAGUUCAUGCGGAUACCCGACCUUUAGACUCACGGAGUCUCUACUCAACAAGCAUAACGUCGAAAUGGAGAAAGAACUAGUGAAGACGCAGCACGAGGUUCGAGCGGGACUAAACAAGAACGAGAAGGAAAGGAGUGAAAGCAGACAGAAGAUGAAGGAACAUAUCGCGCGGUGCAAUGCUGCCUAUGAACCAACCAACGCUGCCUUGACCGACGACAAUGAGGGUCACGGGGUAAAGCGUUCCAGGGACUCCGAUGACGAGAACUCAUAUAAACGUGGAAAGAGUCGUCGGAAAUCUUGCCACACCCAUAGUGCUCCCCAGUCCCUUAACAACAACGUACCUUCACAUUGGGCACCUUAUUCUGUCAACAACAUUAACCCAUAUGUAGUCAAUAUGGGCAUGCCAGCACAGAUACCUGUAAUUAACCCUAUGGGUGCGCCUGGUCUCUUACCGGUAGACUAUGCUCCACCAAUGCCCUAUCAAGUGCCUCCAAGAUCUGAUUUAGCUGCUCCUCAUUAUGAUAGGCAUUCAAAUAUGGCGCCCGUAAAUCCGCAAAUGCAGUACCACCAUAUGCCCCAACAAAUGAACCCACAUUGUUCUACUGGUGCUGUUCCGAAUAGGUACAUGCACAAUAACAUGCAACCUGCUUAUCCAGUUCAUGUACCAAAUCCUCAAAUGCCUUGCAUGAUGAUGGGUCAGCCAUUCUAUGGAGGGUUUUAUGUGUACCCUCAAAUGGAACCCCGAGUACCGUAUGUCCACCAAGGUUACAUACAACAGCAAAUGCCGAAUACCCAGCCAUUAGGACUGUCCAAUAGAAAUUAUGAAGAGAAUAAGGCAGACUCCGCGUCGGCACCGAAAAAGGCCCGAUUAGAACAUAGUGAUACUAACGAAAAGACUGACGGGGAGUCAAGUUAUUCGUCUUUCUAUUCGUCCUUUUUUAAGACUGAUUCUGGUAGUAACGAAGAGAGCGUCUCGAAAUCCCGUGGUAAAAGAGGCAGCAAGGCUUCAUACAUACAAAGAGCAUCAUCAUAUGGUAAAGCCGCAGCUUCGACACGGGCCCCUAAAGCACGGCCAGUGUCUAGGCGUAACAUGAAACCACCGUGGUUGGAGAAUGUCAACGCUACAUCGGAUCUCUUCUACAAAUAUCAAAUUCCUACAAGAGAUUGCAAUGAGGUCCUGUCUAAUGAUAAAGAGAAACUGAAACUUUUGGAUCAACCUCAAGGAGUCAAUGAACAACUAAGUCAACUGUACUCGGACCUACAGCUGCAAGGCGCUCCUCCAAGGAUCACUUUGGAAGAAGGAAUCACCAGCUCGAGCAGUUCCAGCGAAGAUACUCCUAGCAAGCCCAAACCUUCCACUAGCAAGCCUCGUCGGCGCAACCUCCAGUACGACCGGUUAGCCCUAAUACACGAGGCCGAUGCGCCAAUGCCACCACCCGAGAUGGAUGUACCCAUGCUAUCUCCCGGUUCCUCAUCAUCUUAAUUUUAUUACUGAGUGUUAGCGCAAUCACAGAAUUUGUUCUUUCUUUUUCAUAAUUUAAAGUCACGACAUGGCGCUGUGUACGCUUUGUUAUAUGCAGCGGUUGCGGUUACAUCUAUUGAAACUCGCUUAACCUAGCUAAGACUGGUAGCAGAAACACUAAGUUGCACUACAUUCUGUAGUAAUGAAAAACGAGUUACGAAGGCUGUGCUUUGUAUCACGGGAGCAUAAUUUUACUCCACUACGGCCAACCUUCUAAGCUAGUUCUUGAAACCUUAACUUAUUUAUACAGUGGCGAUACAUCCUCAGCCUUUAGUGUCCUCAAACUGGGCGUACUGGUCUUGUGAGAUAACGCACAGUAUCUCAGUAAACUGUUACUUAUUAUUAAGUAUAAAGUAAGAUUAUACUGCCAUUGCUUUUUGUUUGGAAUCGCUAAUGUUCAAUUUUACUGAAAUGAGUAUAUUGAAGUUUUUAAUCUCGUGUAUUACAUUAGAAACGAAGGUUACAUAGUGAAUAAUGUAACCCACCAAGCGUCUCCAAUGCGAGAUGGCAAGAUACUAAACUUAGUUUAACUGUGACUAAAUAGGAUACACCUUAGUUUAACAUACUGCUACCUACUGCACCUAGGUGUAAACGGGUAAAACUAGACGCUGCCUGCACUUCGGCCUUGACCAAUAACAUAUACAUUGUAUGAUUAUGUGCAUUACAUUUUUGAAGACAGAACAAAUGAUGAGAAGUUUAUGGAUCAUAUUUAUGAAUCUAUUUGAUAUAAUAAUUAUAUCCGUGGAUUGAUUUUUAGCAUAUUUUACAUUACAUUGUAUUGAUGAAAUUUUCAAUCUUUGAUCUAGAGAUUUUGGAUAAGAUAGAUUAUUAAAAAUGCGGACGUUACUAUAUAGAAUAGUUAUCUUAACGUUAUGUCGUAAAUAUGAUUCUAAAUUUAGUUAUAAUUUAGAACAAAAUAUUAAUUUAAUAUCUCUUGUAUGACAUGAGUCUAACAAAGUAUAAAUAACAAAGGAACAAAAAUUGUUUUUCGAUCAAAACCUUUGAAAUUUUACAGAGUUGAAACGAUAAGUGUCCGUAGGCGAUUAUUCUGCCAAUAUAACCCUUCCCUUAAGCAUGAGAUUUGUACGGUUUCAUUAUAGAGCCAAAUAUGAAACCAAGUAUCUACAUUUUAACCACUUGUCAAGCGUUAAUACUUAUUUCUUGCCAUUAUUGUAAUGUAAUGGUGAUAUUUUCACCUUCGUUAGCUUAAAACUAAGCCUACAAGGGUUCCAAACGGAGAAUGAAGAGAAGCCCACUACAAACUUAGUCUGGCUAGCUGGUUAUCACCAUCUUACAGUCAAAUAGUAUCAAAACAUCAGGGUAAAAUGGAAAUCUAGUUGUAAAGCUACACAGACUACAGACUUGGGGGACGAUUUUGUAUUAUAAAUCACGAAAGUACCAUCUCCUUCAUGUACCAGUAUCAAGUUUUCGGAUAUGUCUAUAUAGAAGAAGUAAUCUGCUACGGACACAUAUAAAAUUGUGAUAAAGGAUGUAAUAUAUACGAUGAUUAUAUAAUAUAUAUAGUAUAACUUUAUAGUCCUUAUAAUAUAAGUAUUUGUACAAAAAGAUUUUCUAUUUAGUUCAAUAUGGCAACAAGGAAUGUUUAUGCCCUUGUUAAAUAAGAAACCAUUUUGAAAUGUUAUUUAUUUCUAGACACAAAGAUAUGUGUGACAGUUCGCAAUCUUUCGUUUCACUCGAAACUACAUAUUCACUUCAGUCUUCAAAAGUGAAUAUGUAGUUUGGAAAAUCAAACAUCAGUGUAAAAAAAAAAGCCGUGCCCUUGUUUUUUCACGAAUUGAUUGGAUCUCAUAUUAGUUAUAGAGAUAAAUGUUAACUUUGAACUGCCACACUUAGCACGAUAUCUCGAAAAUAAAACCUUUAUAAUUGUAAGUUUAGCUUAACGGUGUGUUCAAGUUUCUAUGUGUAUAACUUGUAGUUGCGCUUGAGUCUUGUGUAUAGAUGUAGUUUACGCAUUUCACUAUUUUGAAAACUGUAACUCUAAUGAAAUCAAGUUAUGUACGUGUGGAAAUAAAAAAAUUAAAUGAA